AUGGGUGGAAACCCGCCAGAGACGCCUGCCCAGUCCCGUCUGGAACGUCUCCCCGUCGAGCUCAUCGAGCAGAUCUUCCUCCACAGCCUCGAAUUCAACCUCCCCCGCGCAUCCCCCCAUCUCGCGCGCGUGCUCUCCACGCCGCUCCUCUACACCUGGCUCAUCCGUCUGGCCUUCAGCAGCCCCAACGAGAGCUCCAAGCGCGGCUUCUUCACGCCCGACUUCCUCCCCCACCCGCUUGACGUCUUCGCCCUCUCCGCGACCCAACGCCGCGACCUCCAAAACAGCAUCCUCGUCUGCCGCUGGUGCACCCACUCCCUCCUCCGCAAAUGCCAGCGCGAGUACGUCGCGCGCGUCCUCCGCCUCCGAUGCUCCAACACCCUGGACAUCCCAGCCGCUGACGACCGCCGCAUCCUCUCCACCUACCUCGCCGACUCCUCCACCCAACCACCCGCCGACGACAUCGUCCUCUCCGCGCGGGACCCGCACACCAACACCCCUUAUAAAGUCACCAUCUGGCCCGCACAGGGCGCCGUGCACAUCCGCCACGCCUACCUUACGCCCGUGCCCACCCCGCACUCGCAUCCAGACACCUUCCGUCUCCCCUGGUGCUCGGCGGACGCCCCGGCGCGCAUCCCGGACAAGCUCCUCGAAGCGCCGUGGUGCGCGGAGAAACUAGCGCUGCUGGAGAUGCUGGCCGCGGCGAGGGCGUACGUCGACGAGGACGACUGGUUUGGGCGCUCGCGGCGUGCGCUGCGGCUGGUGAUCCGGGCGCGCGACUACGCCACGUUCGAGCGGCUGCUGGGGAUGCAGGUGCGCACGGAGUUUUACAAGUAUCCUGUGCCGUGGCCGGUGCAGGGGCAUCACUUCCGCGUGGCGAUGAAGUACGCGGAGGGGAAGGAGGAUCCGUUUCUGCGGCGGUUGGUGGAGACGCGGUGGGGGGAUCUGAGGGAUGAUGAAUUGGAGUUGAAAUUUGUUGGGAUACUAGGUACGGUAUAG